CUAAACUUGUACCACAAUCCAUCUGAUCGACUGUGGUUCGAUCAUAAGACAUAGCUGUCGGUAUAAAAGCAGUCAAAGCUCACUUUGAAUUUAGAAGAAUGGCAAGAGGAGUCACAGCAUUACCAUCUCUUUCGCUAAUCUCAGCUGCACUCAUCCUGCUCCUCUUCACCUCAGGAUCAACUGUAACAUCAGCUCAGUCACAGAAAACUUGGUGUGUUGCAAAGCCUUCUUCAGAUGAAGCAACUCUUCUCGCAAACAUAAACUAUGCUUGUUCUCAGGUUGAUUGCGGCAUUUUGCAGAAGGGUUCCAAUUGCUACUAUCCUGAUACUCUCAUGUCUCAUGCUUCCAUCGCAAUGAAUCUCUACUACCAAGCAAGUGGAAGGAACAGCCCCCCCUGCCACUUCAAGGAUUCUGCUCUCGUUGUCGCGACCAACCCGAGUUUUGGUAGUUGCGCUUAUGCCUGAUAUGCAUUUGAUCUAUAAACAUGAAUUGGCUCUUGUUAUUCUUGUUUUACGGUUUGCUCAAAUUUUCUCUCGAGUACAGAUUGCAGAUGGCAGAAUAGAAGAUAUAUUCAUCACUAGUAUGUGUCAUUGUUAUUCCAGUAUGAAAAUCUUUUUAAGUCAGUCAUUUUUAUUGAAAUGUGGUUGGCACAUAGAAUUACAUCGGCAAGUUUGUAUCAUGGCUCUGUUUAAAACUUCUGUUAUCACUUUUCAAGACUGCAAACAAUAAACUUCU